AUGUUUCCGUUUCUACUUUUACUUGGCUUUGUCAACCAAUCACUCGCCCAGUCCAAUUCGACAACCCUGGAAGGCUGGCAAUUUGAUGACAAUAGCCGCUCAAGUUGGGACAUUUUCUGGACUUGUGUUUCAACAAUUCUUGCCUGCACAUGGACAGCCCUGCAUAUUUCUGUUCCAAAACGUGAUGAGACACAGACAGUAUAUUUUUGGGUAAAGGCAGCGGCGUGGAUAGGCGCGAUACUUGCUCCAGAGUUAAUGGCAGGAAUUGCAGCCGAAGAAUUAUGGCAGGCAAGAUCAACAGCAGCACGCUGCAAUACUGCUUUCCGCACAGUAAACAGCGACCGAGGCGAUCCAGAUCCCUCACUGCCAGAGGCUUCAAAAACACGAAAGGCAGAAAUGUCUGACUGUCGCUGGGGCACUAUGCAGGGGUUUUGCCUCAGUAUGCAUGGUGUGCUUCUGCAGACCAAGGAUGACUGGACAUAUCCAGUACAUUGUGGCAAUAUUGUUGCCCUGAUCAAAACACGCGUUAUCAAGUCAUCUCAUUUGAGCUCUAGAGACAUCCAAGAUCGCGCCAAAGCUGACUCCUUUGCGAAAGGAUUUACUCUGCUCCAAGCCUUCUGGGUAACUUGCAAUGUCAUUGCCAGAAGAGCAUCAGGCUUGCCAAGUACAGCUCUCGAAAUUGCUACAGUGGCUUAUGUCGCUUGUGCCUUCGCUACAUACAUAACUUGGUGGAAUAAACCAAAAGAUAUGGUAACGCCAAUCACGAUUUAUCUGCCAUACGAUCGCAAUUCCGAGAGUAUGUCGCCUCAAGUUAGAGAUAUCCUAGACGGAGAAGUUGAGAACUGGGUCCACUCGGAUGCUUUUGCUAGAGACGUUGGCUCUCCGGUAUGGCAAAUCAUUGUCGCAGGUCUCUAUAUCCCACUCAUUGUGUUAUUAUUGAUUUUCACACCUUGGUUAUGGAAGGGGUACUAUCAAGAGUUCAAAGAAAAUUGGGCAGUGAUAAUGAAAAAUUGGCAGGUUCGAAAACCACCAGCCAGCCAUUCUGAUGACAGCGAUGGUGACCACCAAGAUGAGGAAAAUCCGCAGGAGACUAGAAAAGCAUGUCAAACCAGCAAAGGUGGCUAUAUAAACGAAGAAGCCUGCCAGGGGCCAGAAUUAGAGCCAGUUAUCAUCAAUGGUGACCAUCAAGAUGAAGAAAUCCCCCAGGAUAUUACAGCAGCAUCAGGGUCCCAACAGCCAAGAAACGAGCCAAAGGUUGACGGAAGAUUGACCGUAACAGAAACUUCGCAAGGAAAAGAACCAUUUAUGGGGUCCUCUGAAGCCAGCAAAAACGACCACCAAGACGUGGAAACCCAUCAGGAAACUGAGCCAGCAUCCGAGUCCCAACAUGUGGGAUACUCGCCAGAAGACGACGAAAGAAUGACGAUCAUGGAAUGGACCAACAUCGCUCAUUUCUACAUGUUUGCUGCGUUGGUCUUCUGUGGAAUACAUGUUGCUGCGUGGAACUCCACGUUCCCAACAAAGGAGGAGCAGAUAGUAUGGCGAGUGCUCUCGCUAUGUUCACUCUUGAUCACCUGCCCUCUGUACUUCAAAUUCCUUUGGUUAUUCUAUCGGUUCCGGCGGACAUUAGGUGACAAGGAGAAGCGUGUAUCAAGUAUUAGCUGGUCAAAAGCACCUGACCUUCUUUUCGUACUGAUAUGGUUUUGCUGUUAUGCAACUGCACGCUGGGGAAUUAUCAUUCUUAUGUUUAUAUCCCUCCGAGCGUUGCCUGCUAGUUCUUAUGUCACAGUGAAUUGGUUAGCAUCGAUUCCUCACAUUUAG